AGGGAGUACCCUGUGCGCGCAUCCGCUGCCCAUUUCCCCCCUAGUCUCGGCAAGGCGAGAGCGAAGACUGACGCCGGCCGCAGCCGCCGGCGAGGGGAAGACCAUGGAGCGGCAGCAUCCGGCGGCGCCCUUGCUCCCCGUCCUCCUCCUCCUCGCUCUGCUCUCGCCGGCCGCCCGCGGCUCGGAGUCGCCGCAGUACGCGACGGUGCACGUGGAGUCGGACUUCGAGGUGCGGCACUACCGCGACACCGUUUGGAUGUCCGCCCCCUCCGACGACAUCUCUUUCCACGUCGCCACCAAGCUCGGCUUCCACAGGUUGUUCCAAUACCUGAUGGGCGCAAACCUCAACUCCUCCAGGAUCAGAAUGACGACCCCUAUCCUAACAAGCAUCGUCCCAGGCGCGGGGCCUCUGCACUCUUCGGCCUACUUUGUCCGGCUCUAUUUACCAGUAGAGUUCCAAGCUUCCCCUCCUGUCCCUCUCCCCGAACUGAACUUACAUCCAGAUAGGUGGCCAGGCCACUGCGUCGCCGUCAGGAGCUUCUCAGGCUACGCACGCGACCACAAUGUCGUCGAGGAAGCUGAGAAACUCGCCGUGAGCUUGAGCCGCUCACCGUGGGGGAACUCCACAAACCACCCUAGCAAGAGCGCCUACUCGAUCGCACAGUACAACAGCCCAUUCCGCAUCAUCGGCCGUGUCAACGAGGUGUGGUUCAACGUCGACUGCAGAUCUGCUGGUGUGGAGGCUUAUUAAAAAUGCUCCAUGCUAUGCCAUCACCAUAAAACCAAGUGAAAAUGCGGUACCGUGUAAGCUUGUAUAUAUGUGACCAUUGGUUAUCUGUAUGCCUGUGAUGAUGAAGUGACACAAUGGAUGUACCAUAUGCUCCA